UGUGUGUGUGGAGGGGUACUGCCUCCCCCAGAGGUGCUGGGUGCUGCAGCCCAGGCUGGGGCUGGGGCUGGGCAGUGCCAAUGCUCCUGCUGGCACCAACCCCCCAGGGUCCUGGCUGGAGGGUCUUGCCCCUACGCUCAACCUCAGCCCCACACCGCACUGGGGCAGGAAGGGAUUUCCUCCCCUGCUCAGACUGGUCUGCACUGGGGGGUUUUGCCUUCCUCUGGUUGCCUUGGCCUGGGCUCUUUGCAGCGUCCCUGAUUCCCCUGGCAGCAGCAGGACAUUGGCUGUAGCCCCCCUCUAUACCGGGGCAGGGGUGAUACCUGGGGCUGUGUCAGGGUGACUGGUGUGGCACACUUAGUCACACGCGGGGUCUGUCUAGGGGGGUGGGGGUUGGACGGGGCUAAUCCUGCCUCAUGCAGGGUUUGGGUGAGAUGUGUCCCCUGCAAUCCCUGCCAGCCCCGCUUCCCCAGGGCACCCCCAGCCCUGCCUCUCCCUGCCCCCCAUCACGUCCCCUCUAACAGCUGUGCAGGGCCGGGCGCUGCUGGCCAGAGCCACGUCCUUUUAUCUGCGUUUUGGGCCGAGCUCCCGAGUCACGCGGCUCCCCAGAAUAGCGCAGGCUGCGACCCGACACUUCUGGGCAAGCGGAGACCUGACACCCCCGUGCCUCCCCACCCGCGGUCAGAGCCCCAGCGCCCAGCCCAGGGGCGAGUCGGGCUGGCCCCUGAGCCCUGACCCCCAGCACCCAGUGGCGGCAGCAGUCCUGAGGGUGCCACGCUCCCCUGCCCCGGUGCCAUGGGCAGCUGUGCGCAGACCGGGGGCCGGCAGCCGGCCCGGUGGUAUCCAGACCCCAUCGUGACCAAGAAGGCGGAGGGCCCUGCCUGGGCGUACUGGCAGGCGCUGGUGGAGGGGGACGUGGGCGCCCUGUCCCGGCUGCUCGGCGACCCACAGGCCGCGCUUGGCCCUAACGCCGUCUUCGACACCAGCGACCUGGAGGAGUGGAAGAAUUACCGCUUCAAUUUCCGCUGCCUCCGGCUGUGGUCACUGACCUACGAGCAGGAGCUGACCACGCCGCUGCACAUCACAGCGGGACGCGGCUACGCCGACUGCCUGCGCUUCCUGCUGCUGCGGGGCGCGGCCGUGGACUUUGCGCCCAGCGGCAAGACGGCGCUGCACGAGGCCUGCGCGGCCGCCCACACCGACUGUGCGCGCCUGCUCCUGGGCUUCGGCGCCGACCCGCAGGCCGUGUCCGAGGAUGGCUACCAGCCGUUGCACCUCUGCAAGAGCCCUGGCUCCCUUGAGUGUGCCCGGCUGCUGCUGCAGAGCGGUGCCAGCGUGAGUGUGGCCACGGAGGACGAGGAGGACUCGCCACUGCACGUGGUGGCCCGACACGGCCUGCCCGAGCACGUGGGCCUGCUGCUGCGCUACGGUGCCGCUGUGGACGCUGAGAACGAGGAGGGCCAGAUGCCGCUGCAUGCCGCCUGCGCGCAGCCCCACGGGCCCGAGGACAUCGAGCGCUACUUCGAGGUGUGCCAGCAGCUGGUGGAGCACGGGGCCCGCGUGGACGUGCCCGACCGCGAUCUGCAGCGCCCGCUGCACCUGGCCUGCAAGGUGGCUAAUGCGCGUGUGGUGGAGCUGCUGCUGGACCAUGGCGCCAGCGUCAACAUCAUGAACUACAGCGGCAACACGGCCAUGCACAACGUGCUGCAAGUGGCUGCCUACAAGCUGCUCCACCAGCCUGAGCGCAUGGUGCGCGCCCUGCUCAACCACGGCGCUGUGCGUGUCUGGCCCGGCUCCCUCACCAAGGUGCUGCGGUACUGCCACGCCGCCCCCCGCGUCAUCGAGGCCCUGAUCAACAGCUACGACCGCGUGCGCGUCUCCGACGAGUGGGCAGAGGCCGUUCCCCCCGACACCCUGCAGAAACACCAGGGUUUCUACCAGUCGUUGUUCGCGCUGGGGCAGCAGCCGCGCUCCCUGCAGCACCUGGCGCGUUGCACGCUCCGCACCCACCUGGAGGGCCGGGUGCUGCUGGCCGCGCCGCGCCUGGGGCUGCCCCCCGCCCUGCUCCGCUUCCUGCUGCUCGACUUCGAGGACGUUGUCUACUAAGGGCUGCUGCCCCGUCUGCGCCAGCCUGGCCUGUGUCUGCCCUCCGAGAUGUGCUGUGUGGCUCCUGCUCCUGCCCUCUGUGCCUCUUCCCGCGCCCCCUUUUGUACCACAGGGACUUUGAGGAAUAAACCCUGGUCUUUGCCUAAUCCUCCCUGCCACGGGCUGCGUCCCACGCAGCGCCGGGACCGUGGCCGCCCCCUCCAGCCAGAUGCUUCCUGCCUGCACGGGUGGGGGUGCCACGGAGAGUGAUGGGGACUAGGCCCCGGGCUGGGCGUGCAGAAGGGGGUGGUUUGGCUCA